AAACACCUAUGAGUACUUCCAUCUCUCUCUCCAGCAACUCAAUUUUCUAAUAUAUAGUACUAUGUCCUCUCUGCCUCUAUGACAUACCUCCAGUAUGGCUCUGCUGACCUUACCUUCAAAGUCCUCACCUGCAAAACCACCUCCACCAGCUGGUAGAGGCUCUCACCAACUCACCGCAGUCUGGUAAGGUCAGCCACUCUGAGGGACCCCUGGAGUACACCUCAGUGAUCCGACAGCCCCGGCAGCUAGGCCAUAAUGGAAGGUCUGGGGAUGGAGGAGGAGUCAGAUGACGAGUGGUUCUACAGUUCCAUCAGAAGAUAUGAUGACUUGCUGAUGUAUGAUGUGCAUGGGGAUAUUUCUUGCUCAACAUUUUAUGAUAGCACCAAGAUUCUUCUGGGUGUAUCUAGAGGUUCACUACAUGAACUGCUGUUGCUGAGUGUUCCAGACAAGCUUUUGGCUGGUAGGAAUGCAGGCCUUGUCAAGAGCAGAGACUUUAAUCAAGUGGCUGCAGCUUACACUGCUACCUCAGUAAAGAAGCUUGUGAGAGUUGGGAGUCGUGUGGUGGCAGCAGAGGAGGGCGGCAUCUACUUGUACUCUGUCCCUGAUCCUAAUAAUGCCUCAGAUGUGAUCAGUUUAUUGAGCACUCUAAAGAAGGAUGUGGCUGGAAAGACAGUGUUGGCAGUUUCUGGGAACCAUGUUUAUGCUGGAGACUCCCUCUCUAAUCUCUCUAUUUUGGACUUAAGUUCAGAGAAGGCACACAUCCCAGUCACUUUGUCCAAUGCUACCAAGAAUGGAGAUAUCAGUGAAAUAGUGAGUGUGGAUGACAAACUUUAUAUUUGUUUGAAGAAUGAAGGGUGUUUACUGAUCUGUGAUCAUAGAACAAAUUCAAUCCUUCAAGAAGUGCAGGUAAAGAAGCCCAGUGGUGUGUGGACAAUGAAUGCCAGUAAGGAUGGCAACUUUGUGGCUCUUGCUAGCUCACGUGGCAGAGUGAGUGUGCUUGACACACGAUACACUCACCGGGAAGUGUUCUCACACAGCUUGGAGUAUGCACUCAACAGGACUGGCAAUGUUACAGUGCACUUCAGCCCCUCUGACCCACUACUGUCUGUGUCUGGUUUGAACAGUGUUGUUGAGAUAAUGAACUACAAGUGUGGGGAGGGUGACAGCAAGGUCUUCAGUCAUGAUGGACACAGAGGGAAAUGUGUUCAUACCAUAGUGACUCACCUGUGGCACCCACUGCAGAAAAACCUACUCUUUUCUGCUGAUGAUACUGGAAAAAUUAAUGCAUGGAGAUUUAAACAGUCUGUACAUUUAUGAAAGGCUCCUAAUAUUUAUUUUACAAAGAAGUGCCACUGAGAUCUCAAGUGGCUUAAGUUUUAUCAAAUCUUGAGUUUUCAAAGUGUACUUUUCUGUAGAAUUUGUUUAUAUUGUGAUGUUAGUGAAAGUUCAAAAUCAGGUGUGUAAGUUGACACAUCAUUACAUAAAUGGAAUGUAAUGUGAACAUUUGCAACAGUUCAUUGAAAACCCAAAAUUAUACAAUCAUCUGCUUUAUGAUUGGAAUGAAUGGGUUAGCUUUUCUAUUAAUGCCACAUCAUAAAAUAUAGUUUAGCUUUUCUAUUAAUGCCACAUCAUAAAAUAUAGUUUAAAGACAAUCCUUUGUCUUGUAGGUUGCCUCAGGGAACCAUUAGGUUUUGUUCUCUAUUGUCGCAUGUAUUUUAUUUUACUAAUGAUUCUGAUGUUUUUCAUGUAACUUAAAAGCCAUACAACAUUCCA